AUGAUAAAUUGUGAAUACGAUGAAUGUAAUAAUAAUGAUUUUAACAUUGAUGAUGAUACGGAUUGUUCAACAUCUGACAAUGAUAGCAGUGAAGCAGAAAGUGAAGAAGUAUGUUUGCACGAAUAUACAAACGUUUCAACUAAAUAUUAUUGUACUGAUCUAUUGAAUUAUUUACGUGCUGCAGAUAUUUCCAAAUCACAUUCAACGCAUCUCAUUACAUUGAUUAAAUCGAUUUUGCCUACACCUAAUCACCUUCCUGCUACAAUGGAUGAUCUUUUGUUGUUUAUGAAUAUUGAUAAUUUAUUUUCUAGACGAUCAAUCUGUCUAAUAUGCAAAGGAAAUUUAGAAUAUAAACAAAGAAAAUGUUUAAACUGUAAAUGUUGUGAUGAAAAAUCAAUAGCCGAUAUUUAUGACAUUAACUUGAAAGACGUCUUCACCAAAUUAGUUAAACGUUUAACACCUAUUAUUGAAGAAUACAAACAAAAAAUCUAUAAUAAUAUCGACGAACAAGAAACAAAAGAUAUUCCGUUCGGAUAUUUGUAUGGAGAAUUAUUAAAGGAGUAUUCUUCAGAAAAUAUUCUUAGUCUCAUACUUCAUCUCGAUGGUGUUGGCCUUACUCGUUCAAGUAAAUAA